GUGUGUGGCGUGUGUGCUCGAAAUCAGUUUUUUGCAAAUCGGCUCUCAAAUCUUACCUCGCGUUUAAUGAAUAACAGGCGAUCCUGAGGUGCGAUUUAAAAUUCAAAUUGGUUUAUGUUCUCGAGUGUGUUGGUAAAAAAAAAUCGUGGUUUUUUUUGAUAAUCAAAAGUACUUUUGGGACUGAUAGAGUGCGGCUGGUGCUGUAGUAGUAGAGCCCUUGGGGUGACCGCACGGAGAGAUGAAAUCCAAUCGAGUUCAUCCCUCGCGGAGCAAGCGCAGCCGCUCGCCAUCCCAGGAGUCCUUCGACUCCACCCUCACGUUCGACAGAGAGACAGGGUGCUGCGAGGGCGGCUGUCAGCGCUGGUGCACACAGCGCUGUGUGUGCCUGCUCCUCAUCUGCCUGCUGGUGGUGGCGGUGGUGGCGGUGGCCGUGGCGCUUGGGGUGGUGUUUGGGGUGCCGAAAAUCAGCGGAGUGAACCGCGAGUGUCAGACGACGCUCAACCAAUCGGGAUUCCUCUGCGACGACCGCAUCACCUGCAUCUCGCCCUCCAAGGUCUGCAACCAGCGCUCCGACUGCACCGGGGGCGCUGACGAGAGCACGCAGUACUGCUGUGAGUGCACUUCGGACGCCGCGCCACAGUCGGUCGCGGCGACGCUCGUGCCAAAGCUGACCCAGCCAACACCCUCCCGAGUUCCAUCAUAUUCCUGUGCGGGGACGGGAAGACGUGGACGUACACGGACAAGCUGUGCGACAUGCACAACGACUGCGGGGACUGCUCCGACGAAACAGCGUCGCAGUGCCCCGUGUGUGGCGGGUGGCGCUGCGCCACCGUCUUCUUUCAGGACUGCGACUGCAUCCCAACCACGCGCUGCAAUGACUCGGUGCAGGACUGCGUGAACUGGAGCGAUGAGUUCAAAUGCUGAGGGCGGCACCCCACGGUGGAGUCGCUGUGGCCACAGCCAGCUGCGAGGUCAACGUGUCUCACCAAAGGUCAUUUAGGAGGUCAGGGGCACAGCCAUAUCUUAGAACGGUGGUUCUCAACCGGGGGCAUGGGGACCCCUGGGGGUUACGUGUCAAUGUCCCAGGGGGGUAAGUGAGUUGAACUGUGUGAAUCGAUGUCACACGUUAGAGUCAUUGGUGAAUAAUCAUGUAUGAAUCUGCCAAUAUGAAAUAACUACGAUCAAAUUGAAAUUCGUAUGGUAACCGAGAACGAUAAAAACGACCUUUAGAAACUCAUAGAUCGUAAACAAUGCGCGAGUUUCCAGCGAGCGCGAACAAAUUACGUCAUGCAUGCGGAUUGCCCGUUGAAUUUUUUUUUAUUCGCUUGCAACUACUAGCCUAGUUAUAAUACCUCACAAAAUGGAAAAUUGAUGAAAAUAUUGAUGUUCCUUAUUCAUACAUUCUUUUCUCAGAACCAUGUUGGGGUCAGGCACGGGGGAGUACUGGGUUGAAACAAAAUUCAACAAGGCGGGUGGGGGGGGGGGUGCAGUCGCCAAACAAGGUUGAGAACCACUACCUUAGAAGUUGGGUGGUGUUCAGCGAAGGGUGAGAUUACAGAUGGGAUCCCUGGCAAUUGCUCCCCCACUUCGGAGUUCUACUGCACUUUAAUUACAAAUUAAAUAUAUGCCAACGACAAGCUGCUGACUACAGUAUCGAGCCUAAUGUCCGUGCACUACUGUGCAAUAGAAAGGGUCUGUCAUCAGCAUAAUUGGCAUUUAUUUCGCCUUGUUGAAAGGCGAAAAACCCGGACUAAAAAAAAACACAAUUUUUUUAUUAAAUGUCACGGGUUGUUUUUGUCCGUAUUCUUGUGUGGUUGCGCCCCAACUGGAGGUCACGUUGGUUAUACCGCAUCACCUGCUCUUGUUCAAGCACGUUGUACACUAUUCCUGUCAUCAGGGCCGUCCCUAGGUGGGUGCAGGGCCCGGGGCAAAUCACAACCGACUCUUAAAACUAAAGCGAAAAUGUUAUAUCUGACACCCGUGACGUCAAAGCGUGGAGGCCCCCCAAAAGUGCGGGGCCCGGGGCGAUCGACACUAGGGAUGGCUCAGCCUCUCGUUAAAACCCAGCCUGCAGCUCCGCUGCGUUAGUGAGUUGCGCUUCCAGCAAAAACUCUGGGGGAGUCUGCCUGGCUUUGUGUCUUCAACGAGAUCCCACCCAUUGUGCCACCCGAGUGCAAUGGUAGCAAGUCCAACGGUAAUGUGCAUUCCUGAGACGACAGCGAUGGAGAGAGCACUCUGUCACAUUUUCCUUGGACCGACUUUGAAAGAAGAAUUAGAAGAUACCACCAGGCUCCUUGUAAUGACCGUUAAAUAUGAUCUCAUUAACGACAACCGCAGCUCGCUGCUCCCUGAGCGGUGUGCCAAGUGUCCAUCAAUUUGAAUUAUAUGCCAAGCUCCACUGGGUAAGAAAUAGGUGAACAUCCAUAUGGUAAUAAAGCGCGAAGUUUACAUCCCUCUGUCAAUCCGCUGUUGGACGAAAUGCAUCCCCGCACCGUGUCGGUCACGUGGGUUGUUUGACCAUGCUUCACCGUACUGGUCAAUGCAGCGCCAGGUCAGAUGUUACUCGCCACUUAAGUAGAAGUGAGGUGACCAGGUUCAAACCACUGCGCCAGUGUUUUCAAUACAGUAUUAUAGAUCUGUAGCUCUCAUAAGAACGUUUUCGUUUUAGAUCAUUGUCGUUCAUGCAAACGUCUUCUCGCAAUCGCUGAAGAGGCACCGACAGUCAGGCGAUGCUGAGCCGGCGUUAUCAACAAUCGCCCCAGCUGUGCAGUCCUCUAUAUUGCUCUUUGGCUCUUUCGGUAAAGUCACAUGGAAAGAAAAUACAUUUAAUAAUAGAAUACGACGUUUCGAUUGCAACACAAGCAAUCGUCAUCAGGUAAGAAUGAAUGAGAAAACAAAGCUAGUAAAUCGAUAUUUGAAGUUUUCGUGACUGCAGGGAUCCAUACUCUUUGGUUCUUUCGGUAAAGUCACGUAGGUAGAAAAUUAAAUAAAUUAAAUUCAAUCACAAUUUAUUUCAUUUUAUAGCUACGUGACUUUACAGAAAGAACCAAAGAGUAUGAAACCAUAGUAAACUUAGAAAUGUAAUGCAAUACAACACAGAGAGUCGGCUAACACAACAGUCAACACCCUACCUGGUUGAUUUUAGUCCUCUAUAUAUUAAGAUGUUUUCAGCCAAUUAAUGAGUGUUUGUGCGUGUGGGAGGAAAGCAGAGCAGCCGGUGGAAACCCACGCGGUGCGAGGCGACGCAGAUACGUCUGGGGAUGUCACACAGAACUUUACUUUCUCCACCCUCGAACUGUAUUGCCUCUGAAUUAUAAUGAGCUGGAUAUUAUCGCUGAUGUGCCUGGCAUGCAUGCUGCCAUCGGUGCCACAGAUACACCGUCACUGCUGUCUAUAGAUUUGACAUUUUUUUGUAUUUUACGUGUGUGUACUAAAACUAUGCUGUAUUUACGAUUAUAAUCGGACAGUUUAAGAAAAGCUGAAUGAAUAGGGAAAAUGCGCCAAUACUAUUUGUUGGCUGUUGGGUUUUCAGUGAAGGCUCGCAAGAGUUGGUAGUGCAAGAAAGCAUUUUACAGCACCGUGAUGGUAAGAGGCCCAGACGAAUGGUGCAGUCGUAGCCGAAGGAGGCAACACACGUGCCCGACGGCGAUGGCCACCGUGGAGAUGGAGCGAAUGAGAUCGUGGAAUGCAGGAGCAAGACGGUUGCAUCGUGUGACCGUAGAGAGAAUGCCGAUAGCAUUGGGAUGGAUGCCUUCAUCCAACAGUCGAUAGGUUGUGGACGAUGAUUAACGAUGAUAGCACUUUACAGGAGAUGUGAUCUAACCCAGUGGUGUGGAUUGCAUGUUCACAACACCUACUGGAACCAUCAUAUGUGCACAAACAUGUGGUUACAAACGUUUCCUUUAUUUUGUCUGAUUUACAUAACUCUUAUUCACAACCUGUAAUACCCGCAAACAAAACUCCGAUUAUCCAAGGCCUCGUUUUUCGUACUAUCUGCAGUUAUCCGGGGGUUGUCCCAUUCUCUGUGGAACGGCUUCCAAUUAUCUGCCAAUGUUUCACGCAUAAGUGGAGUCAAGCAAGACAUAAUUACCCGCGAAUUAUGUGCGUUACCCACAGCUACUGGACCAGCCCUGUUUCACGGCAUGCACUUCAGGGAAACACUUCAUAUUUGUUUGGGGAUGAGAAGAGUUCAUUGGCAAAUGUAUCCUAUAAUUAUCUGUGGUUAUCUACAGAUGUUUAUCGCGGAUACGUGGAGCACAUUUGCAGAGAUACUACAGGAUCCGCGAUAUCCGCCACCACUUAAUCGAGGAUAAGAGAUGUACACCACUGUUAUUGAGAUACGUUUCCACAAGGAAUGCCAGUGGCAAAAACACCCCAACUCUCACCACUUUAUAUUUAGACCAGGAAGCGAGGUCAUAAAUGUCACAGUCCAUUCUUGCUUGUUUCUUCAUACGUUAUAUAUUGUAUAACAUCUUCCGAGUGUCAAAGCUGGAAUAUGCAAGUACAGUACUAGUCUAUAAAAUUGUAAAGUAAUAAAUUCUGUACGUGGUUUUUGUUACGGCAAUAAAAAAAAAUGUGUGUAGUGCUGUGA